AAUCUUCAUAAAGCUCGACCUGCAGAGAGAUUUUUUGACCCUAAUCAACGAGGGAAAGCCCUCCACCAAAAGCGAGCCCUUAGAAAAAGUCAGAGAAGUCAAACUGGGGAGAAACUCUACAAAUGUACUGAAUGUGGAAAAGUGUUUAUCCAGAAAGCAAACUUAGUUGUACAUCAAAGAACUCACACUGGAGAGAAACCUUAUGAAUGCUGUGAAUGUGCAAAAGCCUUCAGCCAGAAGUCAACCCUCGUAGCACACCAGAGAACUCACACAGGGGAGAAGCCCUAUGAAUGCAGUGAAUGUGGAAAAACCUUUAUCCAGAAGGCACCACUUAUUAAACAUAAGAAAAUUCAUAUGGAGAGAGACCCUAUAAAUGCAGUGUCUGUGAGAAAGCCUUUAGUGGGAAGUCAACUCUCAUUAAACAUCAGAUCAUUCAUAUGGGAGAAACCUUACAAAUGUAAUAAAUGUGGGAAAUCUUUUAGUGUUAAAUCAACUCUCAUUGUAUGUCACAGAACAUAAAUGCGUAAGCUGCA